CGUUUCAGCCUUGGGAAAUCGUUGGGUUAGACAUUACUGGAGGAAUCCUUGCACCUCCUCCCAGCGUGCCAUGGCCGCUGGCUCCGUUCCCCUUCUUUCGGAGGAUGCAGUACCUCUCCAAGAGUUCAGGGACCUCAUCGCAUCCCUCCCGGUCGACCACCGCGUCGUCCCCGUGCGGCAAUACCAAGGGUUUUGGUGGCCGGAGAGCACCCUCCCCGGCGUCAUCGCCGUCCAACGCCACUUCAAGUCUCGACCCGAUGACGUCUUCCUCGCCACCUACCCCAAGUCCGGCACGACCUGGCUGAAAUCUCUCGCCUUCGCCGUCACGACCAGGUCGCAGUACCCGCUAUCCGACCACCCCCUCCUCCAGCUCAAUCCCCACCAGUGCGUGCAGUCGCUGGAGGGGAUGUUCAACCGGGGCCGCAGCUCCGAGAUCGACGCCCUGCCCUCCCCUCGCAUCCUCGCCACCCACAUGCUCCACUCCGUGCUCCCCGACUCCAUCGCCGCCUCCGACUGCCGGAUCGUGUACCUGUGGCGCGAUCCCAAGGACGUGAUCGUCUCCGCAUGGCACUUCGGCGAGAAGGUGCUGGCGACCCGGAAGUACCAGGCGGAGAUCCCGGUGGACAAGGCCGCCAUGGCGCACUGCGAGGGGAUCUCCACCCACGCGACGAUCUGGGAUCACAUCCUCGGGUACUGGAGGGCUGGAAGAGAAUCCAAUCUUCAUUAA